ACAAAAUAACGUCGAAGCAUUGCGCAGUCCAGAUACUGCGAUCCAGUAUUUUGUGCAAGUCGUUGAUCGUAUCAGUAAUCAAAAAAUCUUCGAAGUUUGUAAUAAUUUGAAGGUGAAUUAUUAAAUAGCGAAUAAAUCGUCAAUCGUGCAAUUAAUUCGAAAUGGCCCUCAACUCGAGCAUCUCUCGUGUUCUAAACACCCUGUCAUCUGUAUCUAGAAGAAAUUUCGGAUCAUGUUAUAUCCUUGCAGCCAAAGCUAGCGAUCCCAUUCAACAAUUAUUUUUGGAUAAACUCACCGAAUUCAAGCAAAAAAGCUCCGAUAAAAAUUUCUUGAAAGAUAAUCCUGCCCUGGAGAAACAAUUGAAAGACGAAUUGAAUCGAGUUACUAAACAAUACGGUGGUGAAAAGCCCGAAGAUUUAGCUCAAUUUCCUCAGAUUAAAUUGGAAGAGCCAAAAGUUGAUCCUCAACCAGGUUUCUAAAUGUGUAAUUCGAAAAGAAAUUGUCGGUUUAAUUUAAAUUUAUAUUGUGCGUAAUAUGUUAUUAUUGUUAAUCAAGGAAUAAAUUUCGUAGUAAGUGUU